CAGACCCGGCUAUGAGCGAAAGUUCUGGGCGGGGCUGGACUGUUCUAAGUGAGUUCGGGCGGGGGAGCUUCACUAGGGGAGGCUGCCCUGGGAAGGAACCGAUUUCCUCUCCGCAUGUCUUACCCUUUUCUCCCAGUAUCUGUUUGGACAUAUGAGUUGAGUGCACGGUCGCGGGCGGUCAGCCCUGUCCGCAGCUACGGCGAGGAGAGGUGGGAUGGCUCCCUGUUGCCUCUCCGCCUAGUGGCCGCGUCCAUUCCGUGCGGUAUCCUGAUUUUAGGGCUAGGGACAAGUGUCAGCUUCAGGCACCGCGAAGCGUGGCGGCCCCAUGGCCCCGCUGGGAGGCGCCCCGCGGCUGGUGCUGCUGUUCAGCGGCAAGAGGAAAUCCGGGAAGGACUUCGUGACCGAGGCGCUGCAGAGCAGACUCGGAGCUGAUGUCUGUGCUGUCCUCCGGCUCUCUGGUCCACUCAAGGAGCAGUAUGCUCAGGAGCAUGGCUUGAACUUCCAGAGACUCCUGGAUGCCAGCAACUACAAGGAGGCCUUUCGGAGGGACAUGAUCUGCUGGGGAGAGGAGAAACGCCAGGCUGACCCAGGCUUCUUUUGCAGGAAGGUUGUGGAGGGCAUCUCCCAGCCCAUCUGGCUGGUGAGUGACACAAGGAGAGUGUCUGACAUCCAGUGGUUUCAGGAGGCCUAUGGGGCCGUAACUCAGACGGUCCGCGUUGUAGCGUUGGAGCAGAGCCGACAGCAGCGGGGCUGGGUGUUCACAGCAGGGGUGGAUGACGCUGAGUCAGAAUGUGGCCUGGACAACUUUGGGGACUUUGACUGGGUCAUCGAGAACCAUGGAGAUGCGCAGCGCCUGGAGGAGCAGCUGGAGACCCUGACGGAAUUUAUCCGCACCAGACUUUAGUCACUAGGUUCUAGGAGUGAACUGGGGCGUGCUGAGGUGGGGGUGGGGCUGACUCUGCAGGUUGGGGGGUGCCCGAUCCUGGCUCAAGGUGAGGAACAGACAGAGAGGGGUCUGGAUUCUGGGGAGGUGGUUGGUGGAUUUUGGGCAAGCCAGGAAACCUCUGGAGAUCUCAUUUUCUCCUUGGAAGAGUAUGGAAGACAGCCAUACUCUUCGGUAGGAGACUCCAAGGGCAAAGGAGGGUGACGUGGCUGUGCUUGAAGGAGAAACCCCAGGCCUCCCCCGCGCCAGUCCCCUCAGCCUGUGGUGGCCUUGCAUCCUGACUGGAUGUUCUCAGCCCCUUGUUCUAGGCAAGAACUCAGGGCUCCCCAGUGUGGAUAUUAAUAAACCUCUUUGGAGCACA